AAUGAAAUGGAAUAAAGGUGCAAAAGAAGGUAUUGUGGUCGCUGGAGGACAAGGCCAAGGGAAUGCUCUGACACAGUUGUCUUAUCCUAAUGGAAUCUCCGUUGAUACGUUGGGUACACUCUAUGUAGCAGACUCGCACAAUAAUCGUGUAAUGCGUUGGACUCAAGGAGGCAAGAAACAAGGCACUAUAAGUGUGGGUGGAAAUGGCGAAGGAGCAGAAGCAAAUCAAUUCAACUUCCCCAUUGGUUUAUCUUUCGAUCGACAUGGUAAUCUCUAUGUCACCGAUCGUGAUAAUAAUCGUGUUCAACGAUUUUCAAUCGAAUAA